GCUCUCUCUGUUUCCUCUUGGGUUCUGGCUUCGUUUCUCUCUGCUGUGCUCAAGUAACCGCCUACACCAAAUAUUCAUCAUCUACUACGUACUCGAGUACACCAAGUAUCCCACACUGCCGCCAUAUACGACUGUACCUACACUACCUACACUACCUACACCACCCACACUACACUACACUAUACGACCUCGCAACCCCCUUCCCUCCCCCUUCCCCUCAUACCAACCCUGUCUCCCAAGUCAACUGCUGCCGUGUUGCUUGUAUCUGCAUCUCUGCAACACCACGUCGAGCCACGACGAACCUUACAUAGAGCACCACUCGUUGACCCUCAAUUCCACGCCUGGUGUGACGUCCUUGUCCGUGUAACAGGUCUAUAGCGGUCUUCGUCUUCGUGCAAACCAGCAUACACAUCCACAUACAUUGUCUGCAAGUCGGCAAGUGUGAGAGUCUCGUACGAGGUUGCCAACAACCCCUCGGCCAUAUCUCAGAUCAUCCUGCAGCGCUCAACACAGCAGCCCUCUUCCCUUCAAUCACCUACAAGAACACUCACACCACCUGGCCCAUUGCGGUAGAGCUCAGCGAGGUUUGCUCAUUGUCCGCCAGCCUGGUUGCAAGCUCUGCAAACUGCGGUACUCGUCUUCAUUGGGGUCUGCACUCGACAGCUAGUCAUUGACGGCUUUGGCUCUCCACCACCAGCACCGCCUGCAUCGUCCCCCCGUUUCUGGUCCCCUCGUCCCUCGACCCCUCGACCCCUCGACCAGCCCUUGGAAUAGACGACUACACUACCGCCUGCCGAUAAUACGAUCCUCCCGCCGCCGGUCCUGUCCUGUUAAAUUCACCGCUUCCCCCCAUCUUCUUUUCAGUCGGAAGCGAGCCCAUCCCACGCCCUCCGACCUACAACUCCUUCUUUCGUCACUUUGCGCCGCUUCCCCCAACUCGAUCCUAGAGUUGAUCAGGCUCAAUUGUCCCAGAAGCAGCCCGACAGAAAGAUACCGUGGACAUGGGCAUAUAGCAACCACCUCUUCAACCCACAUACACUUGCCGCCCACCCCAUCUACCGGUAUUCUCGACAAGGACUCAAGCUCCAUCCAGCCACUACCCCAGAUCAGCGUAAGAUAUCUCACUCCCCCAUACUUGCCUAUGCCAUGCCAUGCACCUCGCAUCCUCUUCUCGUUUUUGACAUUCCCUCUAGUUGAGUGUCUUUUGCCUAAUUGAGCGGUCCUCCUUCACAAGACAUUCGCUGCUGUUCGCCCAUUGUCCUUCUGGUUUCCCGUCCCGGCAACAUGUCGUUAACUCAGAACUACCCAUACCCUCCUCCUCCGAGGUCCCUUGAGCAUCGCAAUCCCCUCCCAGAGGCUCAAGCCAUGUCCUUACCACCGAUGUCAUCUUUGCUGCCAAGGCACGAGCGGAUGGAACAACAAUCGCCGUCGCAUAAUAUUCCAUACCCACCCAGAUCGUUUCCACCACCUCCUGCUCCUCCCUCACUACAACAACCGACUCGUCCCUUAUGGUUGGGUCCAGAUCACGCCGCACCACCACCGCAGCCAUUAUACCAACAUCCUCCACCUCCGCCACCCUGUAGAACCUCUUCGCACAGUAGCGGCGCCGGCUAUCUGCAAGACCCUCCCCUUGUCGCUUCACCAACAGCGUCUCAUCAAAACUACGCUCAGCAUAACAGCACAUCACCAAUCUCCCAACACCACCAGCAGCAGGACUUGCGACGGAGUGUCUCCCCACAGCCAGUUGUAGUAGCGCCUGUCUUCUCGCCGAACCGUGCAUCGUACAAUUCGUAUUUUCCACCUCCACCUCCAUCGAUUCAUACCACCAGUAACCAUCAAUUGCACAAUCGGCCGCCCUCGAGUAGUCCAACUUCCCACACUCCCACUUCAAAUGCGAUGCAGAUAUCGGGACUCCUAAGCAAUGGUCCAAGGUACUUUCUCCCCAGUGUAUUUUGCCUUGCUUCGAACUAACAUGUUCCCCAGUACCCACCCUUCACGUCCACCACCGAAGCAUAUUAUUCGUAUGAGACAACAACCGCUUGCUGCGCGAGCUUGUGGCUUUGGCGAACGCGAUCGUCGUGUGAUCGAUCCACCCCCAAUUCUUCAGAUGACAGUGGAAGACCCCAAUGCCUCAGCAGAAGAGAUGAAGGCAUUGAUACGCCAGCCCUGCGCCGUUGUCCAUUGCACGUUAUGGGAUCCAGUUGCGAACAAGGACGAUACAGCGAUGCCAGGUACAACGGACAAGCGGCAGCAGCGGAGGUUGAUGGGCACACUGGUCUCUUCGCCAUUCGUGGGAAAGGAUGAGCAUGGCGUGGAAGGAUGUUUUUUUACAUUCCCUGAUCUUUCGGUUCGAACGCCGGGGAAAUACAGUCUUCGCUUUAGCCUUAUGAUCAUCGAUCCUAAUCAAAUGCGCUUGGGCCAUUCUGUGCCAGUGAGCUCAGUGGUGUUCAGCGAUACCUUUCACGUCUACAAUGCCAAGGACUUUGGAGGAAUGAGACCUAGUACCGCGUUGACAAAACAAUUAAAGGGCCAGGGUUGCUUGAUCAGCGUUAAAAAGGGGAAUGCAAAGACCGGUGGGAACGCCAGAGACGAAGACGACGACGAUGACGAAGAAGAUGACGAUGGGGAUGAUGAGAAGAAGCCUAGGAGAGCAGCGAAGAGGGUGAAGAGGUGAUUCCCUGAAUUCAUCUCUUGUCAGCGAUACUGAGAUUGUCAAACCAAGACUAGCGACAAGACCUUACGGUCCGGUCAAGCUACAAUUCAGCUAUGAAAACGAGGAAAUCCAAGGCUUCCCGAUCCUACCCCCCAGUCGAAAGGUAUCGAGAGGUUGGCACGGGUUUUUGUGCAUCAUAUUCUUUUUAUUCCUAUGGACAUUUUCGGUGCGUUUCAUUCCGAAUCUUUUCCAGCCUCACAGCUCGGCAAGUUUGGAGUCUGGGCUCCAGCAUCACCGCAAUUUUCAAUUACAGAUGGCAAGACCUUUGUAAUUGUUCUUUUGCGCUUCUUUUGGGCGGUUGUCUUGUAUAUGCUAUAGUUCUGAUGACAGAUUUUGUUCUUUUACGAGCAACUCAGAUACCAAUUUCUUUCCUCAUAUGCUCUUUCAUUGGUAUCAUAAAUUUGCAGGGGAUUUCUACAUAUGCAUUUGGUCUAUCUUACCAUGUUUUUUCGUUUGUUUUCUAGUCUUGUUUAAUCUGCAUCGUUUCGGUUUUGGUCUGUUUAGAAGGGGCAUUUACAUCUUGCACCCCUGUAUUUCUUUGAACUCAUUAUCACGAAUUAGAAGCUGGUAUCUAUUACCUUUUUGUCUUGCGGAGAAGGAUAUAUCCAUGGAGUUUUUUUUUUUUCCAUUUUAUAUAUAUAUUUGAGAAUUCUCUCAUUGUCUUGACCUAGAUUUAUACACCCGGGGUCGUUGCGUUACCUGGUUUUGGGGGUUGUCUGGCGUGGAUACCAAAGGGGAUAUGGGGACGGGUGUCAAAAAAAGAGGUGUUUUUUUGAAUUUUUAGAUUCAUCUAGGCUGGGCCGGGAAAUUCUAUAUACAGAUAUAUAAUUAUCUCGAUAUAAAAGGCAACGUUGUUUUUUG